AUUAGAAGGUAUCCACAUGUUGUUAUUAAUUAUGAACCAUAUGUCAAAAUGUUCAACAUUGUGUGUAAUUAUUUGUUCAUAUAAAUAAUGACACUACUUUAAUAGUAAACUUACAAUUAAAGGUUGGCAAUUUAUGAACAGACCAGCCAAGAUGAGGCCGGAUGAAACCAAGAAAAUGGAGUUCCAGACGGCGGAGGAGCAACAUGACCUCCUGCGUCACCGUAGAUACCUCAGUCUCAGUCUCAAGCUGGGGACAUGGAUACCCAAACGUUAUGUCGUUGGGAUUAUGGCUUUCUUUGGAUUUUGUAACAUAUAUGCUUUGAGGGUGAACCUCAGUGUAGCCAUAGUAGCAAUGACUUCAAACCACUCACAAAACAUUGCUGGAAACAAGACCCUGGUGAUCUACCCAGACUUCCACUAUGAUUCACAUACCAAGGGGAUCAUACUGGGAUCAUUCUUCUAUGGAUACAUCCUCACACAGAUCCCUGGAGGUUACCUGGCCAACAGACUAGGGGGAAAGUACCUGUUUGGAGGAGGAGUGUUUCUGACUGCCCUGUUCACACUGGUGACCCCGCUGUGUGCUAACUGGAGCGACUACCUACUGGUGGCAGUCAGGGUCCUCGAGGGGCUGUUUGAGGGUGUGACCUAUCCAUCCAUUCAUGCAAUCUGGUCAAAAUGGGCCCCACCCCAGGAGAAAACCAAACUGGCCACUCUGGCCUUCUCUGGCUCGUACAUUGGCACAGUUAUCUCCCUUCCCCUCUCAGCGGCCCUGGCAGAGUCUGCAGCAGGCUGGCCCAGCAUCUUCUACGUGUUUGGUUGCCUGGCAAUAUUGUGGUUCGUAUUGUGGUGCUACUUGGUGUCAGAGAGCCCAGCCAAACACCCCAGUAUAUCAAGCGCAGAGCUGGAGUACAUACAGGGAAGCAUUGGAUACACGGAGGAACAGACACAGGACUUAAAGCCCCCCUGGAGGAGCAUUCUUACCAGUCUACCAGUGUGGGCCAUAGUGGCGGCCCAUUUUGCAGAGAAUUGGGGUUUCUACACAUGGCUGACGGAGCUUCCCACCUUCAUGAAUGAUGUCCUGCACUUCAACAUGUACCAGGCUGGUUUCCUGGCUGCCUUACCAUACCUUAUCAUGGCGGGUGUGGUGCAGGGAAGCGGACAUUUGGGGGACUUCCUGCGGGCACGAAGGAAUGUAUCUACCGAGGCAAUUAGGAAAAUCUUCACUUGUGGAGCGUUCUGUUUCCAGAUAGUGUUCAUGAUAGCUGCGGGCUACUCGAGUUCUCGUACCUCAUGUAUGGUGUGCCUCACCAUUGCUGUUGGCAUAGGGGGCUUCGCCUGGGGCGGCUUUAGUGUGAAUCAUCUGGACAUCGCACCACAAUAUGCCAGCAUUCUCAUGGGUCUGUCAAACACGUUUGCAACCUUGCCUGGAAUCAUCAGCCCAGGCCUUACAGGAGCUAUAGUCACAUCCAAGGGUGACCCGGGCCAGUGGCAGAUCGUGUUCUACAUUGCGGCAGCCAUCUACGUGUUUGGGGCUGUAGUGUACGGGCUGCUAGCUUCAGGGUCGAGGCAGAAGUGGGCGGAGGUUCCCACGGGGUACCUUCCACACAGGGAUACCGGGGAAGGGGAACUGGUGGAUUAAUGGAGUGUAAUUCUGGGGAACUGGGUGUGUUACAUGUGCAUAAAGUGUUGUCCCAGGUUAGUCAGCACAGGCUAACCAGGGACGACACUUUCCGCUUCUAUUUAAUAUUUCCUUUAAAUGAGGUCGAUUUAAAAAUCGAGUCUAGGUGAAUGUUGUGUUCCUGAUUAGCUUGUAAGAACUGCACAGGCUAAUCUGGGAUGACACUUUACACACAUGCAGUAUGCCCAGUGUUCCCUGUAUUAGAUAAUCUGUUAAAACUAGUAACUUAGUUUAUUUAUAUGAUUGGUUGUUUAUUUACUAUGGAUGUUAAUUGUUUUUGUUGUAUUUUUAUGAUUGGUUGUUUAUUUAUUAUGGAUGUUAAUCGUUAUUGUUGGUUUUUAUGCCUUCAUAGAUUGGAAGGAAUCAAGCAAGCUCUUGUCUGUCUGAAAGUGUGUAUGUCACUAACCAUGUAUUUUAAACUCCUCUAUAACUACUGCGUGGAUCUUGCUAAAACUUAAUAGUUGAAGAAUGACCCUAAUAUGUUGAGGAUAUUAAAGAAAGGAAUUUCGGCUAAAAGCAGUUAUAUCAGAAUUAUUGCUCUUUUUCAAUUUUUUCACUAUAGAAUAUAUUAUUGCAUAAUAUAUGAUCGUAAAGGAAUGAAUUUGGGCUUCAACCAGUUUUGACAGAAUUACGGCUGAAUAGGACACUUUUCGUCUUUUCCUCCACCGUAGAAUAUAAAUUAUAAUGUGGAAGAGUCUUUGGCCAAACACAUGUGGUGUGGGCAUUUGUUACUGUGACACAGUUCUAUUUAAAUUGUUGCUUGAUAUUUUAUCUCUAUUUCAAUACCAUAAUUUUUAGCGAGGCUGUUUUCGGAGAAAACAAAAGCUAUUGUCAUAGCCAGCUCGUCCGCCGUCCGCCGUCCGACGUAGGCGUCGUGCUAAAACCUUAACAUUGGCUCUAAAAUCAAAAUCCUUCCACCUACAACUUUGAAACUUCAUAUGUAGAUGCACCUUGAUGAGUUCUACACGCCACACCCAUUUUUGUGUCACUAGGUCGAAGGUCAAGGUCACUGUGACCUCUAAUAUCAAACUUUAACAUAGGCUCUAAAAUCAAAGUGCUUCCACCUACAACUUUGAAACUUCAUAUGUUGUUGCACCUUGAGUUCUACAUGCCACACCCAUUUUUGGGUCACUAGGUCAAAGGUCAAGGUCACUGUGACCUGUUAUAGAAAACUUUAACAAAAACCUUUACAUUGCCUCUAAAAUCAAACUGCUUCCACCUACAACUUUGAAACUUUAUAUGUAGAUGCACCUUGAUGAGUUCUACACACAACACCCAUUUUGGGUCACUAGGUCAAAGGUCAAGGUCACUGUGACCCCUAAAAAAAAUAUUCUGACAAGCUUUCGCAGCCGAGCGUGGCACCCGUUAUGCAGUGCUCUUGUUAUUGUUUAGGUGCUUUAUGAAUUAUUAUUGUUAUUGUAUCUGUUCUGUAUUAGUAAUUCAUUACUUCAAGAAUCUGCUUAUUGUUAUUGUCUAUAUCGUCUCCAUGGCAAUGAUUGAUAUUGUUUACAUCGUCUCCAUGACAAUGAUUGCUGUUGUCUAUAUCUUCUUCAUGACAAUGAUUGAUAUUGUCAAUAUCGUCUCCAUGACAACAGAGACGUAGAUCUCUGAUGACAAUGAUCUGUGUCUACCAAGUACGGUAUGUUCUACUCUGGACUUAAAAUUGUGAGAUGAAUAUGAGAAGUGCUCUGGGAAAUCUGGGCUUAAUGUGUAUGCAUCACGUAUUGUCCCAGAAUAGCCUGUGCAGUCCUGGGCUUAAUGUGGAUGCAUCACGUAUUGUCCCAGAAUAGCCUGUGCAGUCCUGGGUUUAAUGUGUAUGCAUCACGUAUUGUCCCAGAAUAGCCUGUGCAGUCAUGGGCUUAAUGGUUAUGCAUCACGUAUUGUCCCAGAAUAGCCUGUGCAGUCCUGGGCUUAAUGUGUAUGCAUCACGUAUUGUCCCAGAAUAGCCUGUGCAGUCAUGGGCUUAAUGGUUAUGCAUCACGUAUUGUCCCAGAAUAGCCUGUGCAGUUCUGGGCUUAAUGUGUAUGCAUCACGUAUUGUCCCAGAAUAGCCUGUGCAGUUCCUGGCUUAAUGUGUAUGCAUCACGUAUUGUCCCAGAAUAGCCUGUGCAGUCCUGGGCUUAAUGUGUAUGCAUCACGUAUUGUCCCAGAAUAGCCUGUGCAGUCCUGGGCUUAAUGUGGAUGCAUCACGUAUUGUCCCAGAAUAGCCUGUGCAGUCAUGGGCUUAAUGGUUAUGCAUCACGUAUUGUCCCAGAAUAGCCUGUGCAGUCAUGGGUUUAAUGUGUAUGCAUCACGUAUUGUCCCAGAAUAGCCUGUGCAGUCAUGGGCUUAAUGGUUAUGCAUCACGUAUUGUCCCAGAAUAGCCUGUGCAGUCCUGGGUUUAAUGUGUAUGCAUCACGUAUUGUCCCAGAAUAGCCUGUGCAGUCAUGGGCUUAAUGGUUAUGCAUCACGUAUUGUCCCAGAAUAGCCUGUGCAGUUCUGGGCUUAAUGUGUAUGCAUCACGUAUUGUCCCAGAAUAGCCUGUGCAGUCCUGGGCUUAAUGUGUAUGCAUCACGUAUUGUCCCAGAAUAGCCUGUGCAGUCCUGGGCUUAAUGUGUAUGCAUCAUGUAUUGUCCCAGAAUAGCCUGUGCAGUCCUGGGCUUAAUGUGUAUGCAUCACGUAUUGUCCCAGAAUAGCCUGUGCAGUCCUCACUAGUUUCACCUCAAACGUUUUUCCAAUACAAAAAAAUGUUAAAUACAAUAUAUGAUCAUGAUCUGUUUAUAUCAUUUUUCUAUUAUAUUUACAAAACAUGAUGUAUCCAACUCAGGAAUAUUGUGUCACAUAUUUCACUAGAAAAACACAUAAUUAACUUACAUGAUUGAGAGCCUGCAAUUUCUAUAGGCAUUUUUACAUCUUUCUCUUUAUCUUUUCUAACAAAAUGUUAUAUAUGAGCCAUGCUCUGUGAAAAGGGGGUUUAAUGCAUGUGCGUAAAGUGUCGUCCCAGAUUAGCCUGUGCAGUCCGCAGAUGCUAAUCACGGACGGCACUUUCCGCUUUCAUGAUAUUUUCUGUAGAAAGAAAGUAUCUUCUAAGCAAAAAUCCAGUUUAGGCGGAAAGUGUUGUCCCUGAUUAGACUGUGCAGACUGCACUGGCUAAUCUGAGACAACACUUUACACGCAUGCAUUAAACCCCCUUUUUCACAGAGCAUGGCCCAUAUUAUGGUGCCCAUAACUAACAUCAGAAAUCAUAUUUAUUAACAAAAUAUAUAGCUUUUUAGCUCACCUGAGCGAUAGCUCGGGGUGAGCUAUUGUGAUCACUCACCGUCCGGCGUCCGUCCGUCUGUAAACAAUUUGUAAACAUCUUCUUCUACUAAACCAUUGAGCCAAUUUCAACUAAAUUUCAUGUGGAGCAUCCCUAGGUCAUGGGACAAAAGAAUUGUUAAAAAAAAUUUGAUAACAUAACCAAGAUGGCCGCCAUGACCAUAUAUGGUAAAAACCUUAAAAAAUCUUCUUGUCAGAAACCGCUCAUCAGAUUUUCAAAAAAUUUCACAGGGAUGACCUUUGAAGGCUCCCCUGAAAAAGUUGUUCAAAGAAAUUUGAUUCGUCAAAAAACAUGGCCGCAGGAGCUCGUUGAACUUUGCAUAUUUAUUCGUUUUUGCCUAUUUUGUGAAAACUUUCAAAAAUCUUCCACAUUUUUUGUCCGAUCCUUUCCAAAUUGCACAGUGUCUUUAUAUCAAUGAGGACACGAACCCUACAAAAAAUGAGCAUUAUUGGUCCAUGAAGUACAGAAUUACCUCCCCUUGAAUUGAGAAAAUGGUGUUUAUGCAAUAAAGUCCAAAUUUUUCAUCCAAUUCUUUCCAAACUUGUAAGGAUUUAGCAUGGUUCAAACAAGGGAAACAACUACGGUUUAUGCAUGUUCUUUUUAUUACAGAUUUGCCUCCCUUUAAUUCAUUCAAAAUCUCAUUUUACAGCAGAGAUUCCAAAUCUGACCUGUAAAUGAGCCCCAUAUUUACUGCCAGUGCUAGGUUACCUUUUCCCAUUUGAUCAUUCUUAAGUAUUGGUCUUGUAAUGCUGCUACUGCUUCUGCUACUGCUACGGCUACUACUACUACUACUACUACUACUACUACUACUACUACUACUACUACUACUACUACUACUACUACUACUACUACUACUAGUAGUACUACUACUACUAGUACCACUACUACUACCACCACCACCACCACGUCUACUAUUACUACUUCUACUACUACUGCCACUACUACUACUACUUUUACCACUACUACUACUACUACCACUACUACUACUACUACUACUUCUACUACUACUACUACUACUACUUCUACUACUAUUACUACUACUACUACUACUUCUACUACUACUACUACUACUACUUCUACUACUACUACUACUACGACUACUACUACUACUACUACUACAACUACUAUUACUACUACUACUACUACUACUACUACUACUACUACUACUACUACUACUACUACUACUACUACUACACCACCACCACCACCACCACCACCACCACCACCACCACCACCACCACCACCACCAUUCACAGUGACAAAAAACGUAUUCACACAAUGGCUGCUACUACAACUUAUAGCCCAUAUAGGGGGGCAUGCAUGUUUUACAAACAGCCCUUGUUUCUAUGGGAUUUUAACCACAACUGUUCAUGUUUAUCUCCGACACAUAUUUUUAGGUCACCUGUCAUGAAGUGACACGGUGAGCUUAUGUGAUCGUGUGAUGUCCGGCGUCCGUUGUGCGUGCCUGUGUGUGUCCGUGCGUCCGUCGUCAACAAUUUGUUUGUGUAGACAGUAGAGGUCACAGUUUGCAUCCAAUCUUGAUGAAAUUUGGUCAAAAUGUUUAUCUUGAUGAAAUCCGGUUUGGGAUUGUAUUUGGGUCAUCUGGGGUCAAAAACAAGGUCACUAGGUCAAAUAAUAGAACAACCCUCUGUAGACAAUAGAGGUCACAGUUUUCAUCCAAUCUUUAUGAAAUUUGGUCAGAAUGUUUAUCUUGAUGAAAUCUGGGUUGGGAUUUUAUUUGGGUCAUCUGGGGUCAAAAACUAGGUCACUAGGUCAAAUAAUAGAAAAACCUUGUGUAGACAUUAGAGAUCACAGUUUUCAUCCAACCUUUAUGAAAUUUGGUCAGAAUUCUUGAUGAAAUCUGGGUGGGAUUGUAUUUGGGUCAUCUGGGGUAAAAAUCUAGGUCAAAUAAAUAGAAAAUCCUUGUGUUGACAAUAGAGGUCACAGUUUUCAUCCAAUAUUUAUGAACUGUGGUAGAAUGUUUAUCUUGAUGAAAUCUGGAUUGGGAUUGUAUUUGGGUCAUCUAAAGUCAGGAACUAGGUCACUAGGUCAAAUCAUAGAAAAACAUUGUAUAGACAAUAGAGGUCAUAGUUUUCAUCUGAUCUUAAUGAGUCAGUUGAGCGAUUCAGGGCCAUCAUGGCCCUCUUGUAUUGAUUUCUGUGUAAAUUCUCUAUGGAUAAAUGGUAAUUUUGCCCUCAAGUCUCAAUCGCUUUUUUUUGGGGGGGGGGGAGAAAUCAAAAAAGAUUGUUUACAUGAUGUUUAUAACCGAUUUAUACUUUUAACUUACAUUUAAAAUGCUUCUGUGCUAUUUGCCUAUUUGUUUCUAGAAGGCUAUUUAUCAAAAUACCUAUGUUUUGAAAUCACCUGAGCACAAAAGUGUUAUUUUGCUCUUGGUGAGCUCUAGUGAUCACUUUUUAUUUGUUGUUUGCUUGACAGAUCCGUUGUCAACAUUUACCUUGUGAACGCUCUUAGAGGCCACAUUUAAUGCACUAUUUAACAAAAAAAUUGGUCUGAGGAUUUUUCAAAAUUUUAUCUGGCCAAGUUCAACACUGGGUUAAGUUUGGUAAAAAACAAGGUCACUGGGUCAACUUAAUCAAAAAGCUUGUGAACACUCCAAAAGUCACGUUUUAUGCUUUGUCAGAAUAAAAAUUUGCUCAGAACAUUUUUUUUCUAAUGAUAUCUUGGCUUAGUUUCAAAAAGGCUCUGGACAGUUAAAACCAAGGGUCAGUGCAUUUUGCUUUACUUGUCUAUAGUGAAACCUUGUAAACACUUUUUUUUCAAAAUCAUCAUUGAACAUGCUCAGAAGUCAUUCUUAUGAUAUCUUAGACAAAUUUGACAAUUGUUCAGGCCUGUUAAAAACAUCGCUGCCAUAAUUUCCUUGUAUGGCAAUACUGAAAACUUGUGUCCACUAGAAGUCUGUUUUCCAUUUAAUGUUCAUAAAAGAUGCUACGAACAUUUGUGCAAAUGAUAUCUUAGUAGAGUUUUAAAAUGGUUCUAGUCUGUUGAAAAAUAUGGCCCUUAAAGGGCCGUGAUAUUCACAUUAAAAUAUGUCUUUACAUUCAUUAUAUCAAGGGAUUGACAGAAACUGUACAUGAUACUAUCAAAGAGAAAGAACAGUAGAACCCACUGUCUAUAAAAACAUUGAUAACAAUUUCAAUUUAGCUAAGUUAACAAAAUGGCUUCAGUCUGUUAAAAAAUAUUGGCCCUAAAGAGCUGUGAUAUUAACAUUAAAAUAUGUCUUUACAUUCAUUAUAUCAAGGGAUUGACAGAAAAUGUACAUGAUACUAUCAAAGAGAAAGAAAAGUAGAACCCACUGUCUAUAAAAACAUUGAUAACAAUUUCAAUUCAGCUAAGUUAACAAAAUGGCUUCAGUCUGUUAAAAAAUAUGGCCCCUAAAGAGCCAUUUUAAUAACAUUAAAAUAUGUCUUUACAUUAAUUAUAUCAAGAGAAUGACAGAAAAUGUACACGAUACUAUCAAGGAGGAAGAAUAGUCAAGUGUUGUAUCUUGGGACAGCUCUGUUUAUAGCUGUUGUUUGAUUUUAGAGAGAAAUAAUUGAAUAGCUUAUUUUAAAGUUAUUCUUUAGAUUUGUUGAUUUUAUCAUUGUAUGAUAUAUAUAAUAUACAUGUUUAUUGUUCUAUAUUGUUAUACUGUAUAUGGUUAUAAUGUUGUCUCUACAACCCAAUUCCAAUGUUGUUUAUUGUAGUAAGUUUGUAAACUUGCUUAUGUUGCUUAGUGUUCAUGUUUAUCAUUGUUGUGAAUUAUAGGUUAGUUACCAGUCCCAGUUUCCCAUAAGGCAAAGUAGGCAACAGCCUAUGGGCCACGUGACUUUUAGGGGCCCCAUAAGACUGUGACAAAUGACUAUUUAAUACUUAUUUAUCCUUAUAAAAAAACUUGACAAAUCCAAUAAUUUCA